UCCGGGAAUCCCACCUAUUACGGAGAACUUAACUAACAAGUUAUAAGUACUACUAUAUUAAAAAGUUGAAGUGUUAAAGUUAAGCCUAAACAGUCAUUCAUUUACAUACAACUAACUAACUAUCAUUAUAUUAAUAUUCUUUUAAUCACAUACUAUGGCUGAAUUUCCUAAUAUGGAAGACUUUGAUGUCUUUCCUAACACCGGGUUUUUACCAAAUGAACUUCCAUUAAGUAAACUUCCACAAGAUUAUUAUCAACCAUGGGAGAAUCUCGUUAAUAAUUUACCAUCAUUAAUCUUAACCAAAAGAAUUCGUAAAUUAGUUGAAAAAUUACCUGUAUUAUCAACUGAAUACCUUAAUUCCGAACCAGAAUAUAGAAGAGCAUAUCAAAUAUUAGGAUUCUUAGGUCAUGGUUAUAUAUGGGGAACAGAUGAACCAAUUAAUAAAUUACCUGAACAAUUAGGUAAACCAUGGAUUGAAGUGGCUGAUCAUUUAGGUUUACCACCUAUUGCUACAUAUGCUGGAUUAUGUUUAUGGAAUUUUAAACAAAUUAUACCUUCAGAUAAUAUAUGGGAUUUAGAUAAUCUUACUACCAUAAAUACAUUUACUGGAUCUAUUGAUGAGAGUUGGUUUUAUUUGGUUAGUGUCUAUUUUGAAUAUACUGGUUCUUUUACAUUAAAAGUUGGUAUGGAUGCUCUUAAAGCUGCCUAUGAAAAUAAUGAUGCAAAACUUAUUGAAAAUUUACAAAAUUUAGCUGAAUCAAUUGAUCAUUUAGGUUCAGUAAUGAUGAAAAUGGAAGAAAUGUGUGAUCCUCAUGUAUUUUAUUUCAGAAUCAGACCUUUCUUGGCUGGUUGGAAAAAUAUGGCUGAUUUAGGUUUAGAUAAAGAUGGUAUAAUUUAUGGUAAUGAAACAAAACCAAGAAAUUAUUCAGGUGGUUCUAAUGCCCAAAGUUCAUUGAUUCAAUUUUUAGAUAUCUUAUUAGAUGUAAAACAUUAUCCUACUGGAGAAAGACCAGCUCCACAUCAACCAGUUACUGAAGAUAGUAAAUCAGAAAGUAGUUUUAUGGAUAUACAAAGGAAAUAUAUGCCAGGACAACAUCAUGAUUUCUUGGAUAAAUUACAAAAGGCUUCUAGAAUUAGAGAUUAUGUAUUGGAACAUGGUGAAUCCAAUCCUGAUUUAAUUUUAAGUUAUGAUGCAUGUUUAGCUAUGUUAAAACUGUUUAGAGAUAAACAUAUUCAAAUUGUUACUAGAUAUAUUAUACUUCAAGCUAAGAAUAAAGUAAAGAUGGGAUCAACAUCAACUAUGAGAUCCGGAUUAGCUAAAUUAAAGAAACAAGGACAAGAAGAAAAGGGUACUGGAGGUACAUCAUUAUUACCAUUCUUAAAACAAUGUAGAGAUGAAACUGGAGAUCCUGCUGCUGGGAAUUGGGGUAAGAGAAUUCUUAGUGAUGGAGUUAUGAGAUUAAAAUACUCUAAAUCAAAUGGAAUUAAUGAAGACUAGUCCUAAUUCUACCAUCCAUUAAUUGACGAAUGAACGAGCUGGCUUACGUAUAUAGAUUACUAUUACAUAUAAAUAGACGCAAAAGUAGUGUGAUGAAUUUGAACCCUGUAAUCUCAGUAAUUCUCAGUAAUUCUCAAGUCUCACUAUUUCUUAGUACUAACAA